AUGCACACUACUCUGCCGUCAGCAGCCAUGCAGUCCCUGCUCGACUUCAAGGGAACGAACCACCAAUGGAAGCACCUAGAUGCCGUGCUGACACCGUUUUCGGGAAUGUUUAGGGAACGUCCUGGGAAGACCCACGUCCUAGUGCAUCGCAUUAAUACCGGCGACGCCCGGCCUUGGAGUUUCAACCCGGGACCACUGAGCCAGCACAAGCGAGCCGUUCUCGAUAAAGCCCUGGACGAAAUGAUCGACACAGGAGCCGUGCGACCCUCGGACAGUCCGUGGGCUUUUCCUGUGGUAUUAGCUCCAAAGAAAGAUGGGACGAGACCCCGCAUCACGGCCUCUCAGCAGAGGUUGCUGCUGUGGCUCUGCAAUUCGAAAGCACUGGCUUCCGAGCCCUUGGGGUCAAGGGUGUCCACGAGGUAUCCGUGCUAA